AAUGUAUCAGCGAUUGGAUGAACCAAAAGCGCCCAUAACACUAUUGGGUAAAUACAUUAAAGUGUUUUUGGUGGUGGCCCUAUAUUGGUUUGUGUCGAUUCUGACAGUAUUCGUAAAUAAGCAUUUAUUGAGCAGUGACAGUGUUAAAUUGGAAGCACCACUCUUUGUGACCUGGUUCCAAUGUGUGGUCAGUGCGCUUAUUUGUUUUGUUAUUAGCCGCUUGUCGAAAGUCUAUCCGACUGUGAUCAAAUUUCCCGAUGGCAAUCCAUUGGAUAUUGAUACAUUUCGUAAGAUAUUACCACUUUCCGUAUUGUUCACCUUGAUGGUGGGUACAAAUAAUCUAUGCCUUAAAUAUGUUGGUGUUGCAUUCUAUUAUGUUGGACGUUCCCUGACAACAGUAUUCAAUGUCAUUCUCACAUACAUCAUGCUGAAACAAAAAACCAGCUUUCCCAGCAUACUUUGUUGUGCUGGCAUUGUUGCCGGUUUUAUGUUGGGUGUCGAUCAGGAAAGUCUUACCGAAUCGUUUUCUUGGCGUGGUACAAUAUUUGGUGUUUUGGGCUCCUUAGCCUUGGCCAUGUAUUCGAUACACACAAAAAAGGCUCUACAUAAUGUCAAACAGGAAGUGUGGCUCCUGUCCUAUUACAACAAUGUAUAUUCGUCCAUAAUUUUCUUGCCAUUGAUAAUAUUAAACGGUGAAUUGGAAGCUAUAAUAACAUAUCCAAAAUUAUUUGAAUUUUGGUUUGUUAUAACAAUGUUGAUUGGUGGCAUUUGUGGUUUUGCAAUUGGUUUUGUUACAGCAUUGCAAAUCAAGAUUACCUCACCAUUAACGCACAAUAUUUCAGGCACUGCCAAAGCCUGUGCACAAACUGUGAUCGCCACACAAUGGUAUAAUGAGACCAAAUCUACCCUCUGGUGGACAUCGAAUUUUGUUGUUUUAGCAGCUAGUGCAGCCUAUACCCGGGUUAAACAAUUGGAAAUGCAACGACAACAUAAUCGCACAACAACCGCAACAAUAGCACAAAAAGCAUGA